AUGGAUACCUUGGGGGCCCUGACCAUGGCCUUCAGGGCCUCCAUGAAGUCGGGGGGCAGUGGGCAAUGCAGGGAGAGGAAGGAGAGUCUGACUCGGGGCCAUGGGCCCGGGACCCACAGCCAAGGGCAGGGCUGGGAGCUGCACCCCAGGGACCUGCCAACCCAGGACCCACAGGGCCAUUCCCCAGGAUCCCCGUCAGUCCCCAUCAGUCCCUGUGGAGUCCCCGGCGCCCCGGCUGGGGGUGCAGGCGAUAGGAACGGUGCCGCAGGCAGGGACGCAGGCCGGGGGCCGGGACACCCGAGCAGCCGCGGGACGCCCGGUGCUGCCGGUGUGGGGCAGAGCAGGGCAGAGCCUGGGGGCUCCCCGGGGAGGGCCCCGGUGCGGGAGGCGCGGGGGAGGCCCGCCCGGGAGGGACCCGUGUCCCGGCGCCGCGGCCCCGUCAGCCGGAGCCACCUUAACGCGGCGGUGGCGGCGGCGGGAGGGGCCGGGCAACGCCCCGCUCCUGUCCCCAGCCGAAGCCACCAAGUCCCUGGGGCUGGGGGGGCCCUGGGGCGCCGGAGCUGCUGCUCCAAGGGCCCGCUGACCCCCGACUUCAUGGAGGCCCUGAGGGCCGUGGUGGGGGCCCCCAACGUCUCCACGGCCAUGGCGGUAUGGGAGCAGCACGGGCACGAUGAGUCCAUGCACAUCUGUCCUCCCCCGGACACCAUGGUGUGGCCACAUGCCAUGGACCAGGUACAGGAGCUGGCUGCACACUGCUACUGCUGCUGUGGGCCCAUGGUGCCCUUCAGCAUAGGCACUGGGGCUGCCGGUGCUGGCCCCCCAUGACAGGGCAGCAUCUGUUUUGACCUGAGCCGCAUGGAUGCCAUCGCAGAGCUGAGCCUUGAGGACUUCCCGGUGGCAGUGGAGCCUGGCGUCACCUGCAAGGCCCUCAAUAGCUACCUGUGGCUUGCAGUGCACCGGGCUCUGAUUCCCUACUCUGGCGCAGAUGCCUCGCUAUGUGGCAUGGAGGCCAUGGGUGCCUCGGGCACCAACACAGUGCGCUUUGGCACCAUGCACUCCAACAUGCUGAACCUGCAUGUGGUGCUGUCAGACGGGUGUCUGCUCCACACUGCGGGUGCCAGGCGCCAGCCCAGGAAGCAGGCAGCUGGCUACGGCCUGACCUUGCUGUUCAUGGGCUCCAAGGGCACCCUGGGCUUCCUCACACAGCCCACGCUGCACCUGCACCUGCUGCCCAAGGCUAGUGCCACCACCACCUUCCCCAGCAUGGAGGCAGUCAUGGAUUGCAUUGUGCAGGUCCUGCAGGCUACCAUGCUCGUGGCACACAUUGAGUUCCUGGGUGAGGUGAUGGUGGGUGCCUGCAGCCACUUCAGCAGCAUGGACUGCUGGUUGGUCCCCAUGCUGUUCCUGGAGCUCCACGGCUCCUGGCACAGCCUGGCCAAGCAGCAGAGGAAGACAGAGGAGAUCAUGCGUCUGAACGUCACCUCCAGCCUGGCCUGGGCAGAGGAGCCAGAGGAGCGCAGGCACCUCUGGGCCAUGUGCCACUGCGCCUGGUACAUGGCCCUGGCACUGCGACCUGGCUGCCAGGGCUACUCCAUGGACAUCUGCGUGCCCAUCUCCCACCUGCCCAACAUGGUGGUGGAGACCAACCAGGACUUUCAGGAUUCUGGCCUCAUCAGCCCCGUGGUGGGACAUGUGGGUGAUGGCAACUUCCACUGCAUCCUUGUCUCCAACACCCAGGACCCAGCCAAGGUGCAGCGCAUCCAUGCCUUCACUGAGCGCCUGGGCAGGACCUGCACCAGGGAGCACGGUGUGGGGCUGGGCAAGUGGGUGCUGCUGCUGGAGGAGCUGGGACAAGAGGGGCUGGAUACCCUGCACAGCAUCAAGGCUGCACUGGACCCCCACAACCUCAUGAACCCCAGCAAGGUGCUCUGAGGGUGGCAUCAGCACCAGACUGGCACCCCUUGUGUUUCCCCAA